GUGUUGUUGAGUCCUGAAUCAGUCAAGAAAGUGCAUGUCGUUGCGGAGAAGGCUGAUCGGGUGGCUGGGGAUCGCUAUCCUCCAGCGGAUUUGAAGGUACUGUAUGCAGAAACUCCACUUCCGAAAAGCACCUGAACUGUGCUACGAAUCUGAGCCCCAUUCUCAAUGAUUGCAACUGUACCUGUUGACGGCAAACUUUGUACAUCAAGUAAUUCCACCGAUACUCGGUGCCGAAUGUCUGACUAAUGCAGAUUGUACGACGCUGCAUGCAGAUUUUGUCCAGAUACUAUGCCAUAUACCGAAUCUUCACAAGAGAACCAUAAGUCAGAAUGACAUCUAGACUUCCUCCCGGGAUCGAAGGAAACCUCAUAGAAUAUGUUCAAGGGGGAGUGGGUGACUGGUUGUCAUUCGACCACAAGCGGUUCUAUACCAACGCGUUCAUCAUUCAGGGCGAUAAGAUUCUCCUCGGUUUGAAAAAACGUGGAUUUGGCAUCAACAAGUACAAUGGGUUUGGUGGCAAGGUGGAACCAGGAGAAACGCUCACUGAAGCUGCGAUACGCGAACUUAAAGAAGAAGCCGACAUCGAUGCGCCCCUCGAGCACGCAGGAUCACUGUUGUUCGUGACGAACGCCGUUGUAUGGGCUUUCCAGAUCGAGAUAUUUUCUGCUCGUUCGUACUCAGGAACACCUACAGAGUCAGACGAGAUGCGACCGAAGUGGUUCUCAUUUGCGUCACCCGCUACAUGUGAUGCAGACGCAAUAGUACCACCUAUCCCGUAUGAAAUGAUGUGGGAUGGUGAUGCUCACUGGCUGCCCCUCCUAGCACAAGGGCGCAAAUUUGUUGGCCGUAUUGAUUCUGUAACGCAAAACGAUGGUGAAUUUGCGAUGACAAGGCACUGGUUUGGCACUGUUAUUUAAGAUAACUAAAUGGAUUUACACUACCAGUUGUAAGGGAUGUCACUCUACUAGCCACGGACACCAGCUAUAUGGAAUUCCCUUUGUACCGGUUCGAAGUACUACUUAUGGAACUCCCUUUGUGCUCACUUAUAUAUAAAUAGUCGGUCCCUACUUUCUAUAGCUCCAGUGAAUAAACUCCCCCUCACUCAUUCUCUCUUGGUCCGAAUCAUUCCCCGUCGAACUCAAUCAACCAGCCUUACACAGUGUC